AUGAAUCAACGUCCAAAAACAACUGUUGCAGUUCUAGAUUUACCAUAUGUUAUGUCCGUCAACAUCUCAGAAAAUGGAGCCGUGAAUGUGGGAGAAUUCGAAGGACAUUUCCUAAAAGUGGUUUUAGAAGCCUUAGAUGUCGAUUACGAAAUUAUACCUGAGAAAGAUAAGGCAUAUGGUAAGUUGCUGCGUAAUGGAACUUGGACUGGCAUGAUGGGCAUGAUGCAAAGGGGUGAGGCAGAUUUGGCUUUCACCCACAUCACUAUGACAGAAGAACGAACGAAUGUGGUGAAUUUUAGUGUUCCUUAUAGCAUGACAGCUUGCGUCUUUGUUUCAGUUAUGCCAGAAAAAAUUAAAUCCACGUUUGGAUUUCUGCAUCCUUUUGAUCUCAAUACUUGGAUUGCUAUUCUGUUGACCUUCACUAUAAUGAUCAUUUUAUUUGGACUCUUUCAAAACAAAUAUUCACUGUUUAAGAUAUUCUUCAGGCUCUUCGCAAACUUCUCAAAACAAAAUUCGAUGCCGGUGGAUGAUUCAAUGAAAUAUAAAAUAUUGCUGGUAACUUGGCUAUUGUUUGUCACGGUGGUAACGUUCAGCUGGUCUGCAACCCUACUUUCUUUCUUAAUUGAGCCAAUAAGAGAUACUAUGGUGCGGACUUUCCGAGAACUGUCCAAAGCCGUUCAAAAAGGAACUUACAAAGCAACUUUUUAUAACAUGAGCGUACCAUUUCUACUGAAUUCAGAAGAUGAAGAUCUUAAAAUUCUCGGAGAUAUAGUUGUACGUAACGAAUGGUUUGUACAUGUUUCCAAACGGGGCACAGGUGCGUACAUUAAGUACCGAGCCGUCGAAGCAAUGCACAGAAAUGCAGCGAAAAUGCUAUUUGGAAAUCAUGAGGAUUUAUUUAUUGCCGAAGAUACGCUUUACGUUUCCCCCAUGGCAUUUGCAUACGGGGAAAAAUUCUGCUGCCCUUCUAAGUUGAAUUCGAUUAUUCUGAGAUUGUCUGAUGCAGGACUCUUUGAUAAAUUUCUCCAAGACUACUCUUUUAAGCUUUUCUUGAAGACAUCUAAUAAAUCGAAAACUGAAAAUAUUGAUUUUGCUCUUUCCAUCACUGAUUUGCUUGGAGUAUUUAUGCUUUUAGGUGUUGGUAUGCUACUUUCUUUUGUUGCAUUCAUUGGAGAAGUGCUUUAUGGAGUGAUGCAUGCAUUUCAAAAGUAA